CUGCGCGUGCUCCUUGCCACGAUCCUCCGCGGCCGUGCCGACGCGCAGUACUUUGAGCGCAUCGACAUUGGCGUGGUGUCCAGUAAGUUCAGCGAACUCGCCGAGCGCGCCGGUUUCGCCAGCGCGAGUCGCGCCGGCAUAAGAGGGGAGGCAGAUGCAUCAGCGGAAGGAGGCGCUUGCGCCGGUGCCGGCGCAGCGGGGUUACCAGCAGCUUGCGCAGGCUCGUGCCCCGGCAGCAUCGGCAGCUACAGCCAUCGAAACACGCUCAGUCAGACCAGCACAGGCAGCCAUGCGUCUCUGCGGGCGAUACCACUGACCAGCGUCGGGCAGGAAAAGGUAAGAGUGCAGACUGUAUAGGGUCGCUGCACGGCUUGGGCUCGGAGAAGGGGGUUAGGGGGAGCAGCCAGCGACACUUGGCGGAGCAAGUAGUUUGUAGCCAUGGCUGCUCUCGCUGGAAGCAAGCGCGGCAUAGAAGCCGCAUCACACCACAUGUUGAACAGACGAUGGACGAAACAUUCACACGCGGAAACCUUUUGCAAUUCACAACGCGGAGCUGGACUGCUUGCUUUUUUCUUUUCCUUCUUCUUGGAAUCGAUGCUUUCAAAUACGAACUGGCCGACGACAGGUAACACGCUGUGGGCCACGUUGACCGCGCAAACAUCCAGCUACCGCGCGCCUCGUUUGGCAGCCGGCUUGCGAAUCCUCAAAGCGAGAUAUGGGACCCUUCGAUUCAUACCGUUAUUCGCAGCACAUUAUAGAAAUACAUCUGAUAAAAGACCAAAAUCAGGGCCAUGCGCAACCAAGAAGCAGCAAAGCCAAGAGUAAGAGAGGUGCCACGCGAUUGGCUCAAAGGGAUAUUUUUGCGUCCACGGCGACCCACAAGAUGAACCUGAACAUGAUCGUCGAAGUACCGCUGUAUCUGAGGUACUCGAUGCAAUCGCUUUCGGGCACGGCACGCUGCCAAGCUUGGAGGAGCAAGCUUAGAAGCCUACUCUGACAGGUUACCGCCUCUCCUCCUGCCGGAGCACGGAAGGACACGCCUCGCAAAGCCCUGCAUUGGAAACAUGCAAGCUCAACCUCAGGCGUGUGGACAACAGACGAGGCGUAAGUGCGGGCAGUUUUCGCAUAGAGUAGCCCUGC